AACUACCUCUAUGCAGAAAGGCAACCACUUUGCUUUCCAUUCUGCCGUCUGAGACAACCACAUCCUCCUAGCACCCCCACAGGCUUCCAUGGAGAGCUCAGAUGUGGAGCUGGACCUCCAGAGGAGCGUGCAGGCUGUGCUUCGGGAGCUCAGUGCCCAGGCCCCGGCCCUGCGGAACCACCAAGGCAUGUGGAGAUGGUCCCUGCACAAGAAAGUCGAGCGAGAUCCCAGGAAGAGUCCAGCGCUGGUCCGCAUUCUGCUCAGAGAACUGGAGAAGGCAGAAAGCGAGGACCUCCGACAUGUCAUCAUCCCGUUGCUGCACACUCUAAUGUACGUGCUUACUAAGGCCACAGGCAUCACAGAGGAGCUCUACCAGAGAACCUACACCUUCUGCACGAGGUUACUGACGCUGCCCACCCCCUACUGCACGGUCGCCUUGGACUACGCUAUAAGACUGAAAACUGAGACAGCCGUCCCAGGGACGCUGUACCAAAGGAUGGUCAUUGCUGAACAGAACUUGAUGAAUGAACUGUACCCCUACCAGGAGAGAGUGUUCCUCUUCGUGGAUCCUGAGCUGGUAUCUGCCUCCGUGUGCAGUGCCCUGCUGCUGGAGAUAGAGGCAGCCCAGGUGCAGCAGACGCCGGAGGCCUGCAUGCGCCACGUGGUCUCCCAUGCCCUGCAGUCAGCUCUGGGGGGGGCCUGCCAGGCGGGUGCUCUGCACAGGAAGCUGCAGGCCAGCCCCCGCCGCUCCCUGGAGCGCUAUUUCCACGCCGUGGUGGCAGCCGUGGAGCAGAUGGCCAGCGAGGCCACCCCGAGCCGGGCGGGACACCUGGAGAGGCUGGAGGAGAUUUACUGCUCGCUGCUGGGGCCGGCGGCGGCCACGAGGGGGCGCUGCGGAGGUGACCCUCUCCAAGACCGGCCACCGAGCACCCCGCUGCCCAGCCCCUACAUCACCUUCCACCUGUGGACUGACGAGGAGCAGCUCUGGAAGGAACUGGUGCUCUUCCUCCGCCCGCGAUCCCAGCUGCACCUCAGUGCCAACUUGGAGGCCUUGGAUCUGCAGGGCUUCCAGCCAGACCAGGAGUGGGCCCGAGUGUCCGUGCUGUCCACUGACAGUGGCAUUGAGCGGGACCUUCCUUCAGGGGCUGAUGAGCUACCUGCUCCCAGCAUCCCUGAGGGGGAGCAUGCCGGGCUGCAGCGCAAAGGGGGCAUCAAAAAGCGUGCGUGGCCCCCAGACUUCUUGAUGCCUGGCAGCUGGGAUGGGCCCCCGGGGCUGCACCGGAGGACGGGCAGGCCCAGCGGGGAUGGGGAGCUGCUGCCUGGUGUCUCCCGGCUGCACACGGCCCGGGUGCUGGUGCUGGGGGAUGACAGGAUGCUGGGGCGCCUGGCCCAGGCCUACCACAGGCUCAGGAAACGGGAGACCCAGAAGUUCUGCCUCACCCCCCGCCUCAGCCUGCAGCUCUACUACAUCCCCGUGCUGGCGCCUGAGGAGCCCGUAGCAUCCAGGCAGCCCAAGCUGGGAGAGCUGGCGGCAUUCCUGGGCCGCAUGGACCCCUGGUAUGAGAGCACCGUCAACACCCUGUGCCCCGCCAUCCACAAGCUGGCUGAGAUGCCUCCCUCCUUGGACACAUCCCGGACUGUGGACCCCUUCAUCCUGGAUGUCAUCACCUACUAUGUUCGCAUGGGCACUCAACCCAUCUACUUCCAGAUCUACACGGUCAAGAUCUUCUUCAGUGACUUAAGCCAAGACCCUGCAGAGGACAUUUUCCUCACUGAGUUAAAGGUGAAGGUCCAAGAUUCCAAAUUCCCCAGAGAAGGUUGUUCACCCAGGAGGAGAGGCGCGGCCGAGGGCCCGGGGGCUGAGCUCUCCCUGUGCUACCAGAAGGCCCUGCUCAGCCACCGGCCCCGAGAGGUCACCAUUUCCCUGCGGGCCACUGGGCUGGUCCUGAAGGCCAUUCCAGCCAGUGACACUGAAGUUUCAGGGACCCCUUACUGCCCCUCGACUGCCACUCCUGUUACAGACCACAUGUGUCUGAAUGUCAGCGUGACAGAGGUCACCAAGUCCUCCAACUUGGCAGGAAGGUCCUUCUCUACAGUGACGAAUACAUUCCGGGCAGCCAAUAUCCAGAUCCAGAGCCAGGACCAGAGGCUGCUGACAUUGUUGCUAGACAAGGACAAUCGGCGCACUUUCAGGGAUGUGGUCAGAUUCGAGGUUGCUCCCUGUCCAGAGCCAUGUUCCAGGGUCCAGAAGUCCAGGGAGUCAUGGGUCAAUUCACAUGGACAGAAGGAGAUGGAAAUGACCAAAGCCAAGCCCAAACCUCUUCUGAUGCCCAUCAACACUUUCUCUGGCAUCGUCCAGUGAUCCCACGGGGCAGCAGAAGAGCUGGGUCCAAGAGUAGCAGGCCCAGGAGGAAGGAUACACUACCCCACCAACCCCCAGACACUCCACCAGUAGCUGGAGCAAGGUCACUCCACUGGGUGGCUUCUGGCCUGGACCAGGAGCCAACGAGUGGCUGGGAGCACCAGGAGCCUGCCAUGGAGGGGGUGGACAAAGCUCAGUCUGUGUAAGAGCACGCACCCCACACCCAGCUUCUCACACACAUGUCCCUGUCCUUGGGUAUUUCAGUCCCCACUUCUCCCACUUCUUCUCCUGCUCAAGCUCCCCACCCCACCCUGAAACCAGAGUCAGAGCUGCUGUUUGGUCCAGGGCCCUGUGGCCUCAAGCACAUGGGAAGUAGGUCAAGACAACUGUACUGUCUCCCUCCUCAGUCUUCUCCCCUCCCGUGUGUGCCCACCCCACCCACUCCCAGGCAGGGGUCUCCCCCAGUUGAGAAAAAAAAUGUCAGAUUCAAUAAAUGCACACUAAAGUG